GCGACAUGGUGCAUAGAUAAUCACACUGAACUGUGAUCUAUUUAAGCAGGUCAAUAUUUAGAGCAUAACAAUGAAUCCAAAUUUGGUGGAUCGUAUUCUGAACAUGUGCAAAUCAACUGAACCACUCAAGAUAAAUCUGCCAGUUCCCUCUAUUAAACAACACGUAAAUAAAGAUGUAUUAUAUCAAGAAUUUGAUUCUCAUGAUACUGGCCAAUGUAGUAAGGAAUCAGAAACAGAGUAUGUAAAGGAAUAUAUACAUAAAGAAGAACAAAACUAUCUACAGAUGAAAAACAGCAUGUUUUCCAACAAUGACAAUCACAUAGACAACAUAUCAGAGAUAUCUGGAGAAAUAGCAAUUCGUAAGGAAGAUACUAUUCGGCUUUACCAAACGUACAACUUUGCUUAUCGGCCCAAAAAUAAUUUAGCUAUUCUGUCUAUGAGAAAUAAAGUUGUGUCUAUGAUUGCGAGUAAUUCUGUUGUCAUUAUUCGUGGUUCCACUGGUUGUGGGAAAACGACACAAGUGCCACAACUUAUUCUUAAUGCAGAAUUUGAAAAGAUGCAACACUGCAAUAUCAUAGUAACUCAGCCAAGACGCAUAGCUGCCAUGAGCAUUGCAAAACGGGUAAGUCAAGAAAGAGACUGGCCUGUUGGUACACUUGUGGGGUAUCAAAUGGGUUUAAUCAAGAAUGUAAACCGCGACACUCGCAUAACGUAUUGCACAACUGGUGUGCUUUUAAAUAAGCUUACGAACAAGAAGCAUAUGAUGGAUUAUACUCAUGUUAUAUUGGAUGAAGUACACGAACGCGAUGAAGAUAUGGAUUUCCUUCUGUUGAUAGUAAGGAAGUUAUUACGUACAAAUUCUCCGAUGGUUAAAGUUAUACUGAUGUCUGCGACAAUUAACGUGGAUAAAUUUUCUGCAUAUUUUUCGACGCCCUUGGAAAAUAAACUUAUACCUGCGCCGAUCAUUGAUAUACCCAAAGGUGGCCCUUAUGAAAUUUCUGUGUAUUACUUAGAUGAGUUAGACAAUUUGGGUGUUGUACCUGAAGUACCCGAGGAACCAAAAUUCAUGAUCUCUGUAGCAGAAUUUGCUGCACGUGUUAUAGAAAUUUUCGACAGUAUUGACAAUAAGAAUGAUGCUCCAGAUUAUGAAUUUGAAAGGCCCGCUGUGCUAGUAUUUUUACCAGGAUUUACUGAAAUCGAGGAAUUACGUGCUAUACUUCUAUCAGAAAGAUAUACGGAUACACAAUGGGAUAUAAUUAUUUUACAUUCGUUUAUCUCAACUGAGGAACAAGAAAAUGUAUUUAAGAAACCACCGAAAAGUUAUCGGCGUAUCAUAUUAUCAACAAACAUCGCUGAGAGUAGCAUUACGGUACCCGAUGUUAAAUAUGUGAUUGAUUUUUGCUUGACAAAACUUCUUGUCAUGGAACCUGGAACUAAUUAUCAAUGCCUGCAACUUUGUUGGGCAAGCAAGUCAAAUUGUCAACAACGUGCUGGACGUACAGGCCGUGUAAUGGAUGGUAGAGUAUACAGAAUGAUACCAAGAAAAUUUUACAAAAAUGUGCUAAACGAAGAAUGUCUUCCGGAAAUACUCAGAGCUCCGCUUGCGAAUGUCGUUCUUAAAACGAAAUUGCUGGAUAUGGGCGAACCGAAAGCUCUUCUCGCACUUUCUCUGGAUCCACCUAAUCUUAGCAACAUACGGGAUACUAUAUUGUUAUUAAAGGAAGUUGGUGCAUUACUUAAUAGAGGUACACACGAAUUUGAUGGGGAUAUAACGCCUUUGGGUCAUAUAAUGGCCAAUCUUCCGUUAGACGUACACGUAACGAAAUUGGUUAUCCUGGGUCAUGUUUUCGGCAUCCUGUCGGACGCAAUUAUUAUUGCGGCUAGCAUGACCGUUAAAGAUAUAUUCAAUAUUGGAUUUCACGAAUUACAGACAACCUAUUACGAGAAAAUGCAUUGGUCCGCUAAGUCCGACAGCGAUAGUAUAGCCUGCUUGAAUGCCUUCAAAGUGUGGCAAAAUGAUAAAGUAAAUCGUCGUAUAAACAGUCAUAAUCAGGAAAAAGAAUGGGCGCGAAAGAAGAGUCUCCGCGUGAGAUCGCUACGCGAGAUGGAUGCCUUUAUAAGUGAGAUAAAACAUAAGUUGUAUCACUUCGGCAUAAAAGAAACUACGGGUCCUGAAAGAAUCACUUGGGAAAGUCUCUUUAUCGAUCGAUAUUUUGUACUCAAAUUCAUAAUCGCCGGUGCAUUUUAUCCUAAUUAUUUCAUCAAAUUUCCAUAUAAUGUAAACGAACGCAUACAAGAGAUAGAGAAGAUGUUAGCUCUUCGCGAUCCGGUGAAUACCAUCAUCCUACGAGGCUGGCCGACGAAACAGCCUGGGUCACUGUACUCUAAGAAGCUCCAGGAAAUCUUUGGACAGCAUGUGCUCGUAGAUUCCAAAGACUACGAGAACAUAACUGUAUCCUUCGAUGGGUCAAAUCGCAUUUAUAUCGAAUAUGAACAAAAGAAUCGCGUAAUGGCAGAUUACAAUUUUGUUCGGAAUUGUAUCAAACUUAGACAAUGUCGGAUGCCGAUCCAAAUAAACUUAUUAAAUCACAAAGAUGCUUGUUGCAUAGCCGAAGAUCUUGGGCUUACGAAGGAUUAUGGAAGACUUGUGUUUCAACAAUUUGCCAAAGAGAACGAAUUGCCAAGCAGACGAUACAUGUACGACAAAAAGCCGUAUCCGGAUUUACCGGAAAAUUACAAAUAUCAAUCCAAGGUGACAUUGCAAGGUCCCCUUUCGCCGAUAGAAGUUAGACUUGUUCAUAUGGUGACUAAGGGAACAACAAAAAGGGUGAACGUGGAAGCCACAUCAGUCAAUUCCGUUCUUCUUGAUACCUGUCCGGAAAAUCCAAAAGGAAUUUUUUUGAUAGCGCAAAACAUCAUUCGAGAUUCUAAGAGUAUGGAUAACCUGACUCUACGGAACACAACCCUCUUACCCACUACACCUGGUCUCAUAUCGCUAAUCACUUUAAUUUUUACACCAUAUAUGGAACUGCGACGUAGUCCUUUGGGCACUUAUUACACAGGUGCUCUAUGUGGACUGGGAUACAAUCGUAUUACAGGGCAAAGCUUGUUUCCAGAUCAUGAUUUAGAAGUUAUGUUUGACGUCGAAAUUGCGAUGAAUGAUUUACGAAUGAUUAACAAGUUACGCCAUUGGAUGAAUGUUGCUAUGCACUUCAAUGUCAGAUCUGAAAUUGUAGACGAUAAUACUCAUCAUGAUAUAAUUGUAAAUUGCCAAAAUCAAGUUAAAAAUGCAUUCAAAGAUGUAAUAUAUAAAACCCGUAACAAAAUAGAGCCAGUUCCAAUCAGUAAUUUUGGCAAAUGGAACCGAUAUGAUGAGACUCUAUUUCUCGUGCCUGCUCGAGAAACAUCGAAGAAAAGUAAUGUCUAUGGUUUACACAAAGCAUUAGAAUUAAAUGAUAGGAACGAUAAUCUGGAAGAAAUGAUUAGACAUCUGUUAGAAUUAGAGGCUUUAGCUCAUCAGGAGCCAAAUGAGACGAGUAUUAUACUCAUUUAUUGCAAACUGUGUUUAAUAGAAGUACGCGGCAUUAUCAACCUUCGUGCACAUUUGUGUUCGGAGCAACAUAUAACGAAACAACAAAUGAUAGAUACAACUUCCGAAUUUGGAGAAAAUCUGCAGAAUAUUCUAGACCAACUGAGGCUAUAA